AUGGCCUCUUCAGUGGAAACUAUCCAUACAAAAGAGGUUGAAGAUGAAUUACAAGCUCCUAGAAAGUAUGACGUAUUAUACGUCAAUCUGCUGUUAGCAAUCUACGUGCAUAUAGCAGCAUUGUAUGGGGUAUACUUUGCGUUCACCAGCGGUACAUGGAACACAUUGAUAUUUCAUAUCAUGAUAAGCCAAUUGGUUACACUGGGAACAACUGCAGGCAGACAUAGGUUGUGGUCACACAAAUCAUAUAAGGCGAAAAUGCCUCUACAAAUAAUAUUACUCCUAUUGAACUCAAUGUCAUUCCAGUACUCUGUGAUACAUUGGGCGCGUGAUCAUCGCCUGCAUCACAGAUAUUGUGAUACCGACGCUGAUCCCCACAACGCAAGCCGUGGUUUCUUCUUCUCCCACUUUGGUUGGCUGAUUGUUAGAAGACAUCCGGAGGUGUUGCGAAGAGGGAAAGCCAUCGACAUAUCCGAUGUACUCUCCAACCCUAUGUUGAGAUUUGAGAACAAGUACGCUGUACCAAUCGGUGUAACAUUUACCUUGGUUCUACCGACACUGAUCGCCAUGUAUUUCUUCGGGGAAAGCCUCAACACAGCAUGGCACAUCAACAUGACUCGGUACGUCUGUAACCUGCACUUGGCAUUUUCAACAAACAGCAUUGUCCAUUUGUGGGGUUCCAGAACAUACGACAAAAACUUGUCGGGCGCUCAGAGCACUUUUCUAUCGAUUUUCACAUGGGGCGAAGCUUAUCACAACUACCAUCACACGUUUCCACUGGACUAUAGGACGGCGGAGUUGGGUAAUAAUUGGUUAAACCCAACCACUAAGGUGAUAGACUUCUUUGCUUGGCUGGGAUGGGCUUACGAUCUGAAAACGGUGCCGGUUGAUGUGGCACAAUUUAGAGCUAGCAGGACAGGCGAUGGGAGUAACAUAUGGGGGUUCAAAACUGAAUAAAUG